AUGAACUGCAUCUCAGAUUUCUUCACCUACGAGACCACCAAGUCGGUGGUUGUGAAGAGCUGGACCAUCGGGAUCAUCAACCGAGCCGUUCAGCUGCUGAUCAUCUCCUACUUCGUGGGGUGGGUUUUCUUGCACGAGAAGGCGUACCAGGUGCGGGACACAGCCAUUGAGUCCUCGGUGGUGACCAAGGUGAAGGGCUUUGGACACUAUGCCAACCGAGUCAUGGACGUGUCUGAUUAUGUGACCCCACCCCAGGGCACCUCCGUGUUUGUCAUAAUCACAAAGAUGAUUGUAACCGAAAACCAGAUGCAAGGAUUCUGCCCAGAGAGCGAGGAGAAGUUCCGCUGUGUGUCAGACAGCCAGUGCCAGCCCGAGCGCUUCCCAGGGGUGGGGAUCCUCACGGGCCGCUGCGUGAACUACAGCUCUGAGCUCCGGACCUGUGAGAUCCAGGGCUGGUGCCCCGCCGAGGUGGACACGGUGGAGAUGCCUGUCAUGAUGGAAGCUGAGAACUUCACUAUUUUCAUCAAGAACAGCAUCCGCUUCCCCCUCUUCAACUUUGAGAAGGGAAACCUCCUUCCCAGCCUGACUGCCACCGACCUGAAGACAUGCCGCUUCCACCCCGACAAGGCCCCCUUCUGCCCCAUCUUGCGGGUGGGAGAUGUGGUCAAGUUCGCGGGGCAGAAUUUUGCCAAAUUGGCCAGCACGGGGGGAGUUCUGGGCAUUAAGAUCGGCUGGGUGUGCGACCUGGACAAGGCUUGGGACCAGUGCAUCCCCAAAUAUUCCUUCACCCGGCUCGACAGCGUUUCUGAGAAGAGCAGCGUCUCCCCAGGCUACAACUUCAGGUUUGCCAAGUACUACAAGACAGAGAACGGCAGUGAGUACCGCACACUUCUGAAGGCUUUCGGCAUCCGCUUCGACGUGCUGGUGUAUGGAAAUGCUGGCAAGUUUGACAUCAUUCCCACGAUCAUCAGCUCCGUGGCAGCCUUCACCUCUGUGGGAGUGGGGACUGUCCUCUGCGACAUCAUCCUGCUAAACUUCCUCAAGGGGGCCGACCAGUACAAAGCCAAGAAGUUUGAGGAGGUGAAUGAGACCACGCUGAAGGUCAUGGCCUCGGCCAACCCCGUGUACCCCAGCGACCAGACCACAGAGGAGAAGCAGUCCACGGACUCAGGCGCCUACUCCAUUGGCCACUAGGGCCUCUUCUGUGGGCCCCACUCUCCCCCUUGGGCUCCAGGCCUCCCAACAGAGGGUCCCACCUGGGCAACGGGGAUGGGAGAGGGGAGAGGCUCUCAUUUUUGCUGCUCACCCCUUGAGGCCACAGCCGGGACCAGGUGUCUGGCCCUCCCACUGCUCUAAGACACGUCCUGUUCCCACUAAGACCU